AAGGGAGUGUCAGAUUGUCAGUGUCAGUCAGAUCGGCGUUAUUGCUGUUAUUGUCAGUCAGUCAGUGUAGCCGGUGAACGGUGAACUAGGAAGUGCUAGGGAUUGUUUAUGUUGCUUCGUCGUCGUGUUACAGUGAAUUCUCGUGAUUCGAGGCGGGUUAUUACUGUGCUGCACAUGGCGUGCGUGUCAAUGUUUUUUCCCAGGAAGUCCUGAGGUGUCAGUCAGUUGAUCGAUGAGACUCAGGAGGACAAAUCGCCCUUGAAGUAUCAGUAAAUAAUGUCCUCGGUGUUCUCGAAGUUGAUCGACAAGACGUCCUCGAAAUAUGGAAUCCGACAGGAGCAAAUAACGCGGGGUGUCGUCGGGGUCCUGACGACGCUCUACCUGGCGAAAAUCGGAUACCCGUACAUCGCGAGUGUCUUCGAUGGCAAGACAAAGAAAAAGGUCCAGGAGGAGGACGAAAAUGGGUUGAAGGAAAAGGAGGUGAGGCGACUCCGCCGUCGGCAGCAGCAGCAGCAGCAGGUCGAUGGCAAGGAGGAAAAAAGAAGAAAAGUUGUAGGACUGGACAGAGCUUUCGUGAAACAGCUGAUCGCUCUUCUGAGAAUUAUGAUCCCCGGAUGGCGAACGAGGGAAGCAGGUUUGCUGACCUGUGCGACCUUGGCUCUGCUCACAAGGACCUUCCUCUCUGUUUAUGUCGCCACUCUCGAGGGUCAGAUUGUCAAGAGGAUUGUCCUGAAGGAUGUCAAGGGAUUCUUCCUGAUGCUCGCGAGAUGGUUCGCUAUUGCCUUUCCUGCGACUUUCGUCAAUUCUGCUAUCAGAUAUUUCGAGGGGCGUCUGGCUCUUAGUUUUAGGGAACGACUAGUGGAAUAUGCGUACAAAAUGUACCUCAGCCAACAAACUUACUACAGAGUGUCAGCUUUGGAUACUCGUUUGGGAGGUGCGGAACAAAGACUGACUGAUGACCUUUCGGAAUUGGCGGGAUCCGUUGCACAUCUGUAUUCUAGUUUAACUAAACCGUUGUUAGACUGUGCUCUCGUGGGAAUCGCCCUCAUAUCUUUCUCAGCGCGAAUGGGAGCGAGAACAGUACCAGGACCUUUGCUGGCAAUAGUCGUGAUAGGAGUAACGGGCCAGGUGUUGCGCCUGGCUUCGCCCCGUUUUGGCCAACUUGUCGCCGAAGAGGCUUCGCGGCGCGGACACUUGAGGGAGGCUCAUGCCCGAAUCAGUGCCCAUGCCGAGGAAAUUGCAUUUUAUGGAGGACAUCGAGCUGAACAUCGCUACCUAACCACCGCCUAUAAAUCCCUCACUCGGCAUCUUCGCCGAGUUCUCGCCAUGAAAUUGUGGUACGUGAUGCUGGAGCAACUUCUCAUGAAGUAUGUCUGGUCUGGAACUGGACUGCUCAUGAUUGCUCUUCCGAUUCUCUACACUUCUCAGACCACUCAAUCGCCGAGUGCAAUGCUGCAAGAAAAUAAUGGAGAUGGAGUCAGUGAAAGAACUGGAUAUUUGACCACCUCGAAAAAUCUCCUAACUUCAGGAGCAGAUGCAGCCGAAAGGCUUAUGUCUUCCUAUAAGGAAUUAGUCGCUCUGGCAGGCUAUGUGGCCAGAGUUAGCGAAAUGUUAGACGUCUUUAGAGACGCUGCGUUAUGUAAAUAUCGCAGGAACGUUGUGACAAGUGGCCAAUCUAGAAUGUCUAAUGGCAAACUGUCGACGUUGACGGAAAAUGUCAUUGAAUUCAAAGAUGGCACUCCUGUUAUCAAAGCGGUAGCAGACGACAACAAUCAAACGGUGAUACCGCUUUUGCCUAUUAGUGAGGACCAUGAAAUUAUAGUUGGGAGCGGUUCUUGCUGUUCGGAUGUGUCGUCUGCUUACGGUAGCGAAAAAAUAACGGUAUCAGACGCCAACAACCAAACGGCGAGGCCGUUUUUGCCUAUGUGUGAGGACCAUGAAAUUGUAGUUGGGAGCAGUUCUUGCUGUUCGGGUGUGUCGUCUGCUUACUUUUUGGGAGUGACGAUUGGCACGUCCAUUAGACUGAUGCUGCCAUCAGAGCUUUCUCGAACGAUUCCUAACAAUAAAAUGCUAAUCAGAAACAAAUUAGCUCAGACUAUUAUUAAGGAUAAAGGUGUAAGUUAA